AUGCUCAACAAGCCUUUCAAACCUCCGUCGCUGAUCCGCAAACCCUCCGAGAACCAGUCCGCACCGCGUCCUCCUGCAGAUCCGCCUUCUGAGCCGCCUUCCAAGAAACGCCGCAUCUCCCACGACAAUGACGAUCCACCAAAGCCGUCGCCUGCACCAGUCACCGUGCGCAAGCCCCUUCUGCAAGUCGUGAACCCUGCUCGAGCCGAUACAAUUCCGAAAAACCUGGGAGACUCUGCUGAGGCUCACUACGCGGUUCUAUGGCGCAAGCCCACGGCAAAGAAGCACAAAACGUGGGAUGGAGACGCUAUACUCUGCGUAUCAAAUGGCUAUGCCCAGCUUCAGGAUACAUCUGGCCGACCUAUGGGCAAAACAAUGUGGUCGAAACCUUUGGAACCCGGCUCAACGCUUUCGGUUGGUGGCAAGGAACUGGAAAUUGACGCUGUCAUAUCAAAGCCGGACUUCUCCGCGGGGAAACCUCCCCAGAGCAACAAUACUCCCGUCCAACAUAAGCCCACGAUAGUCCAGUCAGCCAACAAGAAGCCUUUACUUACAGUAAAGGCCACCCAGGUCCAGAAGCCUGCGGUCAAACCAACGGGGAAGCCAGACGUCGGUUCAGUCUCAACGCAAAGCCGUCCUCUAACCUCCAAAUUCAAGAAUCCGCUUUUAACGUCCACCACUUUACCCAAGCAGACAAACACGGCAAUACCUCAACCGCGGCAUGACCCCAACGCUCUCGGCGCUCUCGUCAUGAGACGUCCAAUGCCCAUGGACAUUCCCAAGGGCAAGCAAGUAGUUGACGUCGUGGUUGAUCCAGUCCUCUCCAAGCACCUCCGCGAUCACCAACGCCAAGGCGUCCGGUUUCUCUACGACUGCGUCAUGGGUCUUGGUGCUUACAAUGGCCGAGGUGUCAUCCUGGCUGAUGAGAUGGGCCUUGGCAAAACAUUGCAGACCAUCACUCUAGUAUGGACAUUGCUGAAACAGAACUUCGUUUACGAAGACCCGCCGGUGGUGAAGAAAGCCAUCGUCGUUUGCCCAGCUGGCGUUGUUGGUAAUUGGCGCAGAGAGUUCCGCAAGUGGCUUGGAAACGAGCGGCUCGGUGUCUUUGUUGCCGACGAAUCCAAGAAACGGCUGACGGACUUUACUCGAGGCAAAUGUUACCAUGUCAUGAUCAUCGGGUACGAGAAGCUGCUCAAGUCCCAUGAGGAUAUCAAGGAGCAAUGCAACGUCGACUUGAUUGUCUUAGACGAAGGCCACAAGCUCAAGGCGGCCAAAGGCAAGACGGCCCAAGCAAUUCGUGAUCUCGGCACCGAUAGAAUUGUCUUACUGUCAGGCACUCCAUUCUCCAACAAUCUGCUCGAGUUCCAUGCCGUUGCUGAUCUGGUCAACCCCGGUGUCUUCGGAAAGUUGAAUGCCUUCAAACGCGAAUUCGAAGGUCCGAUUGUGCGCGGUCAGCAACCUGACGCCACGGCUAAAGAGAGGGAAAAAGGAACUGAGCGAUACGAGGAGCUUGACAAGUUAUCCAAGCAGUUCAUGCUUAGGAGAACCGCUGAUAUCCUCGCCAAGUAUCUACCACCGAAGACUGAGCACGUUCUCCUGUGCCGCCCGACAACAGCCCAAGCACAGGUCUAUCGCAGCGUGCUUGCAUCUCCUGCGUUUGGUGCUGCACUGGGAAGCAAUGAGAACGCACUUCAACUCAUCAACAUCCUCAAGCAAGUCUGCAAUAGCCCAAAGCUCCUGUCUUCCACGAAGAAGGAUGAAACCCCAAACCCACUCAUGACAUCUAUACUAGAGGCGAUCCCAUCCAAACUCCUCAACAGCAAAGCCAGCGCAAAAUUCCACGUCCUCGACGGCCUCCUCCACCGCAUCCGCACGACAACCGACGAGAAAGUCGUCAUCGUCUCCCACUACACCUCCACCCUCAACAUCCUCGAGGACAUGCUCCGCGCCCUCUCGUACUCCUGCCUCCGCGUCGACGGCUCCACCCCGUCCAACAAGCGCCAAGAACUGAUCAACAAGUUCAACACCUCGUCCGCAGACCGGUGCUUCGCCUUCCUCCUCUCGGCCAAGGCCGGCGGCGUCGGCAUCAACCUCGUCGGCGCCUCGCGGCUCGUCCUCUACGACAUCGACUGGAACCCGGCGCACGACCUGCAGGCCAUGGCGCGCAUCCACCGCGACGGGCAGAAGCGCCCCUGCCGCAUCUAUCGUUUGUUGACUAUGGGCGCGCUCGACGAGAAGAUCUUCCAGCGCCAGGUCACGAAGCAGGGGCUCGCGGACAGCGUGAUCGAUAGCAAGUCGUCGUCGGCUAGCUUUACGAGGGAGGAGCUGAGGGAUUUGUUUACGCUGAAUGAGGAGGGUGAUGGCGGGUGUCAGACUCAUAAGCUGAUUUGCUGCCCCUGCGGCGGCCGCGGGAAUGGAGGGGGUCUGGUCCCUGCUUCUGCUGCUGCAAGCGAGGACGGCGAUGACGACGGCAAGGAGGAAUCAGAUGACGAGCUUCCGGAGGUACCGAUGCUACUACGCGCGAGUCAAGUCGAUAUGGAGCAGCAGGAGAAGCGGUUGCGAGAGGGGCGGGCAGGGGCGGCCAACACGAAGAAGGAGAAGGCGAAGAUGGUUUCGCUCAUGCAAUACGCUCAUGUCGACACGGCCCUCAUCACCAAGAAGUCAGCUGCCGAUUCUUCAGCCGAGAUGACGGGAGAUGCCGCCGCCGACGAACAGCAGGAAGAGGAGGACGGUGCGGCCGUCGACUUCGAGGCUCUGAUCGACGACGAGCCCCUCAUGAAUGUGAUUAAGGAGGAUGGCUCGAGGGUUAGGUUUGUGUUCUCGAAGACUUCGGCGUGA